AUUGUAUGAUCGUGGCAUGUCUUAUCUCUUGGACAUUUCUUCUAAAGUCUACUUCGUGACAGGGGAGGACAAGAACACAAAAUGAACUUUGCUAGUUUUGGAAUACUUCUUGCGUUAUUGCCUUCAGUUUUUGCAUUAAGAUGUCUGAAAUGUAACGAGAAGAGCACAGUUAACCUUUGUAUCGAAAUUACGACGUGUGAUGAUAUCACUGAGGAAUGUUAUCUAGAGAAAGUGACAACUGCGAAUUUACAACUUGUAUUUAAUGGUGGUUGUAGGUCUAAGCAGGUUUGUACCUUACUGCAAUCUCUUGGCUUUGGAAAGAAGCGAGCGACCAGUUGCAGCAAGUGUUGUAAUGCUGCAGACCAGUGUAAUGCUAAUCUUUGUCAGGAAAAUUUGGAUCGUGCUGAUCACUGUUGUAAUCAAAAUGGUCUUAAGAGUUUGUCGGAGUGCACAAAUUUUAUUCAAUGUCAGGAUGACGAGGCGUGUAGCUUGAAAUCGUUCCUCAGGAAUAAUGGUAUAGUGCACGAUCUCGGAUGUGAGAAACGAGUGUUAUGCUUGAAAGGGGGCGAUAGUUUUAAUUUUGGGGAAGUGAUCGUGCCACCUCAAACAAAGAAAGAUCAAUUACCUGACGAUAUGAAGAUAUGUCAGGCUUGCUGUAGAGGAGAUCAAUGUAACGUCCAGUAUGCAACGUGUGGUGAUAUGCUUCAUAGCAUGAUACCAGCGAACUUUACAAGAUAAACAGCAUUUCGUAAAGGCUUCUUCAUACAAUAAAGUUUGGUUAAUGUG